GAGCAGCGCCGCCAUCUUAGUUGCUGCCUCAGCCUCCAGCGAAGCGCUGCUCGGAGGAGGGAGGGCGCCCGCGGCCGAGCGCGCGGCCCAGCGUCACGGCGGCCGCGGCGGCGGCUCCUCCUCGGACCCCGGUGCUCGCCGCGCCGCGAGGCAGUCGGCCCCGGGCCGCGAGGGCCCCGCUCGGCGUCCCGCGCGCUUCCCUGCCGCUCCCGCCUCCGGCCGGCCGCGGCGCCGGGAGCCCGAGCGAUGCUGCGCCGCCCMGCGCCCGCGCUGGCCCCGGCCGCCGGGCUGCUGCUGGCCGGGCUGCUGUGCGGCGGCGGGGUCUGGGCCGCGCGAGUCAACAAACACAAGCCGUGGCUGGAGCCCACCUACCAUGGCAUCGUCACCGAGAACGACAACACGGUGCUGCUUGAUCCUCCGCUGAUCGCCCUGGAUAAAGAUGCUCCUCUGCAUUUUGCAGGUGAGAUUUGUGGCUUUAAAAUUCACGGGCAGAAUGUCCCCUUUGAUGCAGUAGUAGUGGAUAAAUCCACGGGUGAGGGAAUAAUCCGCUCGAAAGAGAAACUGGACUGUGAGCUGCAGAAGGACUACACGUUCACCAUCCAGGCCUACGACUGCGGGAAGGGCCCCGACGGCACUGGCGUGAAAAAGUCUCAUAAAGCAACUGUCCACAUUCAGGUGAACGAUGUGAAUGAGUACGCGCCCGUGUUCAAGGAGAAGUCCUACAAAGCCACGGCCACGGAGGGGAAGCAGUACGACAGCAUCCUGAGGGUGGAGGCCGUGGACGCAGACUGCUCCCCGCAGUUCAGCCAGAUCUGCAGCUAUGAGAUCGUCACCCCGGAUGUGCCAUUCACCGUGGACAAGGAUGGUUAUAUAAAAAACACAGAGAAGCUCAACUACGGCAAGGAUCGUCAGUAUAAGCUGACCGUCACAGCCUAUGAUUGUGGGAAGAAAAGAGCCACGGAAGAUGCUCUGGUGAAGAUCAGCAUCAAGCCCACCUGCACCCCUGGGUGGCAAGGCUGGAGUGACCGGGUGGAGUACGAGCCUGGCACGGGCACCUUGGCUGUGUUCCCAAACAUCCACCUAGAGACGUGUGCCGCGCCGGUUGCCUCCGUGCAGGCCAYUGUGGAGCUGGAGACCAGCCAUAUCGGCAAGGGCUGCGACCGAGACACCUAUUCUGAGAAGUCCCUUCACCGGCUCUGUGGGGCUGCCACUGGCACUGCCGAGUUGCUCCCUGCCCCCAGCAGCUCGGUGAACUGGACCAUGGGCCUCCCCACGGACAACGGCCACGACAGCGACCAGGUGUUUGAGUUCAACGGCACCCAGGCAGUCAGGGUCCCCGACGGCCUUGUUUCUCUCAGCCCCAGAGAGCCCUUCACCAUCUCCGUGUGGAUGAGGCACGGGCCUUUUGGCAGGAGGAAGGAGACGAUUCUUUGCAGUUCAGACAAAACAGAUAUGAACCGACACCAUUAUUCCCUGUAUGUCCACGGGUGCCGGCUGGUUUUCCUCCUCCGCCAGGAUCCUGCUGAGGAGAGGAAGUAUAAACCUGCAGAAUUUCACUGGAAGUUGAAUCAGGUCUGUGAUGAGGAGUGGCACCACUUUGUCCUCAACGUGGAGUUCCCGAGCGUGGCUCUCUACGUGGAUGGUGUCUCUCACGAGCCCUUCUCUGUGACCGAGGAUUACCCGCUCCAUCCAUCCAAGAUAGAAACGCAGCUUGUGGUCGGGGCUUGCUGGCAAGAGUAUUCAGGAGUUGAAAAUGACAAUGAGACUGAGCCUGUGACUAUGGCCUCUGCAGGUGGCGACUUACACAUGACCCAGUUUUUCCGAGGUAACCUGGCUGGGCUAACGGUACGUUCUGGGAAACUCGCAGAUAAGAAGGUGAUUGACUGUCUGUAUACCUGCAAAGAGGGGCUAGACCUACAGGUCCCUGAAGACGUCGGCAGAGGCGUGCAGAUCCAAGUAAGCCCCAGCCAGUCGGCCAUGACCUUGGAAGGAGACGACAUCUCGGAGCUGGAUAAAGCUCUGCAGCACGUCUCCUACUUGAACUCACGGCAGUUCCCCACGCCAGGCAUCCGCAGACUCAAAAUCACCAGCACAGUCAAGUGUUUUAAUGAGGCGCCCUGCAUUGCGAUCCCCCCAGUCGAAGGCUACGUCAUGGUUUUGCAGCCGGAAGAGCCCAGGAUCAGCCUGAGUGGUGUCCACCGCUUUGCCCGAGCAGCUUCUGAGUUUGAGGGCUCAGAAGGGGUUUUCCUGUUCCCUGAGCUUCGAAUCAUCAGCACAAUCACACGAGAAGUGGAGCCCGAGGGGGAUGGCCCUGAGGACCCCACAGUUCAAGAGUCCCUGGUGUCUGAGGAGAUCGUGCAUGACCUGGACACCUGCGAGGUCACGGUGGAGGGAGAGGAACUGAACCCGGAGCAGGAGAGCCUGGAGGUGGACACAGCCCGCCUACAGCAGAAGGGCAUCGAAGUGAGCCGCUCUGACCUGGGCAUGGUCUUCACAGGUGUGGACACCAUGGCCAGCUACGAAGAGGUUUUGCACCUGCUGCGCUACCGGAACUGGCAUACCAGGUCACUGCUCGACCGGAAGUUCAAGCUCAUCUGCUCUGAGCUAAAUGGCCGCUACCUCAGCAAUGAAUUUAAGGUGGAGGUGAACGUGAUCCACACCGCCAACCCUGUGGAGCACGCCAGCCACAUGGCCGCGCAGCCACAGUUUGUUCACCCAGAGCAUCGGUCCUUUGUUGACCUGUCAGGCCACAACCUGGCCAAUCCUCACCCAUUUGCAGUCGUCCCGAGCACCGCCACUGUGGUGAUUGUGGUCUGCGUCAGCUUCCUGGUGUUCAUGAUCAUCCUGGGGGUGUUUCGGAUCCGGGCUGCACAUCAGCGAACCAUGCGGGACCAGGACACAGGGAAGGAGAAUGAGAUGGACUGGGAUGACUCUGCCUUGACCAUCACAGUGAACCCCAUGGAGACCUACGAGGACCAGCACAGCAGUGAGGAGGAGGAAGAGGAAGAGGAGGAGGAAGAGGAAAGCGAGGAUGGAGAGGAGGAGGAAGACAUCACCAGCGCUGAGUCGGAGAGCAGUGAGGAGGAGGAGGGCGGCCCUGGGGACGGCCAGAACGCCAACAGGCAGCAGCAGCUGGAGUGGGACGACUCCACGCUCAGCUACUGAAUGCACCCCGRGCGCCUGCGUCCCUGCCUCAGAACACCUGCCACCCUCUUCCAGCCCGUGGGUCCUCGAUGUACAAAGUCACUUUGGCCAGCAGGUCUGCAGACCCCCUGUUGCUGAUCGUCCUUCCGUGCCCGUGCCCAGUGUGUAGGACUGUAGGCUCCCGCCCUCUGCCCAUCCCCGCUGGAUCGCUCUCCCCUACGCCAGGAGCUGGCCCUUCCUCCCUGCCGCCUCCUGCCGGCACAGAGGCCACAGCACCACAGGCCCCUGCCAGCCGGUGAGACGCCCACCUCGCACCUCCAGAAGAGUUGCCGUGAAGGACUGUAGCUGACAGAGGUGAAACGCUCCUUCCCACCUGGAAAUCAUUUUUUCUUUUUAAAAAAAAGUUUUUAUUUUUUCCAAACCUAGUGCAUGUAUAAAAUGGCAGAAUGGGUUAAUAUGUAGAUGAUCAACUGACUUUUUAAUAUUUUGUAAAUAAAUUGGGAUUCUCUGUGUCCUUUGUGCUAGUGUAGUCCAGGACUGGGAUGUAAAGUGGAGGGACCCUGGCUUCUGUUCCCUCCCCCUCAAGAAACCAGGAUGGGGAGGCCCGCCCACUCUGGCCAUGGCCUAGGGCUGUAGGCUGUGGCUUGCUGCUUGGGCCCAGGUCAGGGGUUUGUGUUUGAAGUGUGGAAAUAGCCAGGUCUUUUCUUUGGGAUUCUGCCCACUUCUAGCAUGGUGCUGGGGGUGGGAACUGUGGGGUCCCCGGCCUCUUGUGCAUUCCCCAGGACCAGCAGCUUCCUUGACGUCACCUGGGCCCAUGUGCAGCUGUAACUGAUGCUUCAUAACUGUGCAUUGCCGGCUGGGGAAGCUCUGUGCGUCGUGGACACUGAUGGCCAUGGUGCAGAUCAUUGGACCACUUGGUUUGGAGACAGCAGCGGUUCCCUGAGGGAUCCGCACUCAGAAUGGAGGAAGGGAAACCCUGAGGCUCCAAGACAGACUCUAGAAUGUUCCAAAAGUCUGCAUCUACCCCACCCCAGCYCCUGGAUGCCGCUGUGUCGGGGUCAGAAGCCCACUCCAGGAGCCGGGGGUCCUGCUGCUCUGCUCUGGGCAAGGCGAAGGCCAGCAAGCAGUUUGGUCUAGAGCCACACAGCACUUUGCUCUUGUGUACAUGUCAGAUGCCAGACUGUAAGCCUGGGGUCGUUCUGCUUGCUAUCUGUGUCCUCACUGCUAGUUUUAAGGACACUGAUGGCUGGGCUGUUGUGUGGCCGCCCUUCCACGUCCAGUCCCUGUAGCUGCUCUGUUUAGACAGCGGUAGAUGCUAACACAGAGAGGGACGUCCUCAUACAGUCUGUAGCGCCGCGGUGUCCCCUCCCAGAUGUGUAUAUUGAUGCUAGGUCAGAAAGUGUAUACACUACAAUAAA